AUGUCACCUGAAAUUCAUCAAAACACAUUCAGUAUUAGACGUUCGCAAUGGCAUAUAACGACAGAUACGACACGUCAAGGCUAUCUGCUUUCAUCGGCUUGCUGUCAUUUCGUGAAAACGGGAAAAGGAGGCCAAGAAAGGAAGAAGGAAGGAUCCGGUGAGGAAGAUGCCGUGCUGUACGACACUCCGGAGGAGACAGCACCUGUGCAACACAAUAAUACAUACAUGAAUCAACAGCUAUCGGUAAUGUAUUCUCGUUGCUACUGUCAUUGA